AUGAUUAAAGUAGACUUAUCCAAAGCAUAUGAUAAGAUUAGUUGGGAGUGCAUUUAUAGAGUUCUUGUUGAAAUCCAGCUUCCUGAGAAUAUGAUCAAUAACAUUAUGCAUGCGGUUUCUUCUGCUCUCCGCAACAGACCAACAUUGAAAUCUUUAUCCAUUUCCUACUUUGAUCCGGACGAUGAAAACUACCUUAUUUCACAUUUCCUUGAUUCGUUGCUGACUUUGAAGGGUUUGACUUGUCUUGAUUUGUUGGGGUUGCAAAUCUCUGAUGAUUUUCUCUCUUCUAUUGCAACGGAAGGUCUUCCUUUAAACAAGUUUGUGCUCCGAAGUUGCACCGGAUACACUUACGACGGAAUAUGCUUUUUGUUAUCCAACUGUAGUGGGAUACAACAUUUGAGUUUUCAUCGGAAUGAUUUCUUAAAUGACCAUCAUAUUGCUCAAUUAUCUUUGUUUCUUGGUGGUUUGGUGUCUAUAAGACUCAGUGAUUGCUGGAACCUCACUAAAUCAGCCUUGUUUGCACUCAUUAGGAACUGUUCUUCACUUUCUGAGAUUACAAUGGAAGGCAUUGGAACAAAGAGUCUACAGACUUCUAAUUCUUUUAAGGAUUUUCAUGUGAACGCUCAACUCAAGUCUCUAUGUUUGACUUACGAUUCAUCCAUAAAUGAUGCAAACAUCUUUUUGUUCGCUUCCAUUUUUCCCAAUUUGGAGCUUCUUGAUUUAACUUCUUGUGAUAGCAUUUCUGAAAGAGCCAUUUGUCAAGUUUUAACUAGAUGUUGCACACGUGUUGAUGAUAAAACACUCUAUGAGAUCUCCAAGAGUUGUUCUGGCCUUUUGCAUCUAUCACUUAGAUACUGUAAACAUGUCACAGAAAAUGGAGUGAUGCAUGUGGUUCAAAACUGCACACAACUUAAGGAGAUCGAUUUGAAAUUUUGUUAUAAAGUGGAUGCAGAUAUUGUUGUCUCAGAAACAGUUAAAAGAGAUAUUGUUCCGCCAUGUUUUUUGUUUUAG